GGUCUGUUCCUGCUGCUGCCCUCCGGCCCGGCUGUCGUGGGCUCAUCCCCAUGCUUUCUUGGGCUGAACGGGGGCCAGCGGGGCAGAGAGGCGGGGGGGUCUCGGCGUGCUGACACAGGGAGGCCACUGGACCUGCUGCUCCCAGGACCCUCCUGCUCCCCAGCUAGAGGAGCCCAGAUACUCUGAUGGAUCUGAGGCCCUGCUCGCUGCUCCUGCUCUGGACUCUGGUGGUUGCCCUCGCGCUCCUGGCCCGGGAGGUGCUGGCCCAGCAUAUAUACAUCAACACCUGGGCCGUGCUCGUCCCCGCAGGGCCCCAGGAGGCUGACAGGCUGGCCAGGAAGCAUGGAUUCCUCAACCUGGGCCCGUGGCUGGAGCAGCAGGUGGCAAAGCUCAGGACCAAGCGAGACAUUUUCAUGGAGCCCACGGACCCCAAGUUCCCGCAGCAGUGGUACCUGUACAACACGAACCAGCGGGACCUGAACGUGCGUCAGGCCUGGGAGCAGGGCUACACGGGCAAGGGCAUCGUGGUUUCCAUCCUGGAUGAUGGCAUUGAGAAGAAUCACCCUGACCUGGAGGGCAACUAUGAUCCAGGGGCAAGCUUUGAUGUCAACGACCAGGACCCAGACCCGCAGCCCCGUUACACACAGAUGAACGACAACAGACAUGGCACGCGCUGCGCAGGGGAAGUUGCUGCCGUGGCAAACAAUGGGAUCUGUGGUGUUGGCGUGGCUUACAACGCCAGGAUUGGAGGCGUGCGCAUGCUGGAUGGGGAGGUGACUGAUGCUGUGGAGGCCCAUUCCCUGGGCCUCAAUCCCAACCACAUCCACAUCUACAGUGCCAGCUGGGGCCCCGAGGAUGAUGGCAAGACUGUGGAUGGCCCAGCCCGGCUGGCGGAGGAGGCUUUCUUCCGAGGGGUCAGCCAGGGCCGAGGGGGGCUGGGCUCCAUCUUCGUCUGGGCGUCCGGGAACGGGGGCCGCGAGCACGACAGCUGCAACUGUGACGGUUACACCAACAGCAUCUACACGCUGUCCAUCAGCAGCACCACGCAGUAUGGUAACGUGCCCUGGUACAGCGAGGCCUGCUCCUCCACCCUUGCCACCACCUACAGCAGCGGCAACCAGAACGAGAAGCAGAUCGUGACGACUGACCUCAGACAGAAAUGUACCGAAUCACACACAGGAACGUCGGCCUCGGCGCCCCUGGCUGCUGGCAUCAUCGCCCUCGCCCUGGAAGCCAACAAGAACCUGACCUGGCGGGACAUGCAGCAUCUGGUGGUGCAGACGUCGAAGCCGGCUCACCUCAACGCCAAUGACUGGGUCACCAAUGGUGUCGGCCGCAAAGUCAGCCACUCCUAUGGCUACGGCCUGCUGGAUGCUGGGGCAAUGGUGAGCCUGGCCAAGAACUGGACCACGGUGGGACCUCAGAGGAAGUGUGUCAUCGACGUCCUCACAGAGCCAAAGGACAUUGGGAAGCGCCUGGAGGUGCGACGGAAGGUGGACGCCUGCCUGGGGAAAGCCAACUACAUCAGCCGGCUGGAGCACGUGCAGGCCAGGCUGACGCUGUCCUACAACCGGCGAGGGGACUUGGCCAUCCACCUCGUCAGUCCCAUGGGCACCCGCUCCACCCUCCUGGCUGCCAGGCCCCACGACUUCUCGGCCGAUGGCUUCAACGACUGGGCCUUCAUGACGACGCACUCGUGGGAUGAGGACCCCUCCGGGGAAUGGGUGCUGGAGAUCGAGACCCCCAGCGAUGCCAACAACUAUGCCUUCAGCAGCCUGGAUCUCUCCGGCUCCCACCAGACGCAGAGUAGCCGCGCGUCCCCUGCCCUGGCAGACAGCGAGGGGCUGGCUGAGGCCCCCCCUCCAGCCAACCUACCUGUCCUCAUCGCCAGCCUCAGCUGUGUCUUCAUUGUCGUCAUCUUCAUCACUGUCUUCCUGGUGCUGCAGGCGCGCUCAGGCUUCAGCCUGCGGGGCGUGAAGGUCUACGCCUUGGACAGCGGGAUCAUCUCCUACAAGGGGCUUCCCUCUGACAUCUGGCAGGAGGAGGGUCCCUCUGAGUCGGACGGUGAGGAGUCUGAGGCCCACAGCGAGAGGACUGCCUUCAUCAGAGACCAAAGUGCCCUUUGAUGAGCCCUCCCGCCCCUCCCUCCUCCCUGCCCAGCACUGCGGGGCCGGGGCAGGCGAGGCCGAGGGGCCCUGGACUCUGCCCCCGUCCCCCUCCCGCACUGCAGCAGCCCGGGGCUCCCCACUCGCUCGCACCGUCCCUCAGCCCUGGCCUGGGCUGCCAGGCACGGCCCUGCUGGCACCGUCCCCAGCUUGGCACCGUCCCAGUCUUGCACCAUCUCUCUUGGCUCCGCGUCCAUCCUGUACCCCACGCUGGGGUGUUUGAUGGCAGUGGGGCCCUGGCACUCGCUGGUCUUGCGCUGGCAGCCAUGUCCCCUGCCCCAGGCAGCUGCUGCUUGGGGUCACGUGAGUCCCCCAGGGUGGGCAGUGUGUGGGGUCCCUGGGUUGUCAUUGCUCAGGUUGGGCUGGCUGGGGUAGGGGUGGCUCUGCCCUGAGCCGAGACAUGCUCUGCCCCGCCAGGGCUGAGCCUAGCCUACGGCACAGCAUCCCCCUGCCCCUGCUGCUCUCGGCACCCGCCGGGACUCUGCCUGCAUCCCUGGCUCAGCCUGCUGUGUCCUGGCUCCCUGCCACCUCCCGAGGGC